AUGACCUCAAAGGUGGCCGCACGGCAAUAUCCUGCGUAUGCAUACGCCAAAUUUGGCACGACUACGGAUAAUUGGGAACUCCGAGUUCCGAAAGUUUUGCUCGGGCGAUCAGAGCUCUCAAACGCCAUAGCAUCGCGCGGGGAGCUCGGCAUUCGCGUAUACGCCGUGAGGGGCCAGAACGGAAGAGAGAAGCCAACACUAUGCUAUACAGAUGGUGCGGUUCAAUUCACGAGAAGCGGGAAGACAGACGUCAUCCGAUUUGACGGUGCGACACAGCUCCGGUCGGAUGCACCUCCCCCACGAAUGGUUGAGGAUUGGCUUGAAGUGGGGGAGCUGUCAAGUGCAAAAUCAACGGCGUGA